AUGGCCUCCAGCCGGUGGAUGCCCUUCUCCUUCUUGACCGGGCCGCAGGGCACCCCGGCGGGGCCGCGGGCGUGCACCGGGAACAGCCCCCCCAGAGUCAGGUCACCCUCCAGGCGGAUGGCGUGGGGCUGGGUGGGCGCCGGGGGGCAGCGGCACGGCGGGCACAGGGACAGCAGGGACACCAGCAGGGACACCAGUGGCGUCACCAGCAGGGUCACCAUCGGGGUCACCAAUGCUGAUGGUAUAACCACGCCCACUUACCGCUCGGACACGCCCCUCCGCGCUUUACGGCUUUUUCGCGACUCCCCCGCCCCCUGCUGGCGGUGCUUUACGGCUGUGUUGGUGUUUUACGACCGCGGCCGGCCGCGUUGUGAGGGGGCCAUGGCUGCGGCCGAGCGGGACCCGCACGGGAGGGGCGAGGAGGAGGAGGAGGAGGAAGAGGAGGAAGAAGAGGAAGAAAAGGAGGAGGAAGAAGAGGAGGAGGAUGAGAAAGAAGAGGAAGAAAUGGAGGGGGAAGAAGAGGAAGGGAAGGAGGAAGAAGAGGAAGCAAAGGAGGAGGAAGAGGAGGGUCCCGCGGGCUCCCCCGCUGCCGAAGCCCCCUCGGACCCCCCUCCAAAGCCGGUGGUACCGGGGGUCCUUUAUUUGUCCUUCCUCCCCCCGGGCUUCGGGCCCCGCCAGGCCCGGGCGCUGCUGCGGCCCCACGGGGAGCUGGGCAGGGUCUUCCUGCAGCCCCACGGAGGCUCCGUGCGGCGGCGGCGGCAGCGCCCGGGGGGACCCCCGGCCGUGGCGUUCGCCGAGGGCUGGGUGGAAUUCCGGGACAAGCGAGCGGCCAAGCGAGCGGCCAAACUCCUGCACGGGGCACCCAUGGCCCCCCGGCCCCGCAGCCCCUUCCGCCAUCACUACUGGAGCAUCAAGUACCUGCCCGGCUUCCGGUGGCCUCACCUGAGCGAGCGGCUCAGCUACGAGCGCCAGGUGCGGGCGCAGCGCCUGCGGGCCGAGGUGGCCCAGGCCAAGCGGGAGGGGGGGUUCUACGCCCGCCACGCCUCCAAGGAGCCCCCCAAAACCUCGGGAGACCCCGCAGCCCCUCCCCGGACCUGGGGCUUCACCCAGAGACCGACAGAAGAGGAGAUUUGGAGGCGCAAAGCUCGGCCCCCCCCGGCCGCGCCCCCCCAGAGCCUGCUGGAGAAGGUGUUUGGGACAGGCCGGUGAGACCCUCCCUCAAAUCUGGGGGGGCUCCAGGUGUGUGGAUCGCCAGGGCCCCCUCCAGACACCGAUUCCUGUCUCAAGGACCACCAGAUGUUUUAUUUUUCUCCUUAAAGCU